AUGAAGCAAGCUAUUUUAAUGAUUGUGAUAUUGGCCGCGUCCAUGGAACUAGGAUCGGCCCUGGAUGACUGCAUCUUUGAGGAUUGCCCGCCGGUUCUUUGCGCGGACCCGGUCCGUGUGGACGGCCAGUGCUGUAGGACGUGCGAUAACAGUUCCUGUAACUACCGUGGCUGCGUCCACUUCGGCGCUUUCGGCCCGCAGUGGUAUCCGGAUCCGUGCACGCUGUGCUCGUGCCGUGGCGGCGAGGAGUUGUGCGCGCAGAUCAUUUGCGACGUCCCCGCAUGCUUCGGCUACCCGCUCGUCACCGACCCGGACGCCUGCUGCCCGCGUUGCGACUGGGGAAUAGCGGACGACGAAUGCGCUCCGAUUCCCGUCCGGAACGUGUCACUCUACGCGACUCUGGGGGACGGCGCCCAGUGCCACCAAGAAGUUACCAUGCACGAGUGCGACAAAAACUUUCUGCUCAAGAACGGUCGGAUUCACGAGUGCAUCGGGAAGAACCGGGCCAAGCCAAUCGAGACAGAAGACUGUAAGGGUAUCCGUAAAAUCAUCCUGGAGGACACCACCAAAUGCAUCGUAAGGAGACCAAGAGCACCUAUUGCUGAUCUGGACCUCAAUCCUAACCUGUGUGCUAUCAGAGUUCCUUGA